AUGCCCAAGACUCCUUCACCACUGGCAGUACUGCCAUUAACGAACGUCCUCCGAUCAUGGAUGACCACCACCGUCUCGUCCUCGCCCUUCCUUCUACCACCCUCACUAUCGGUCAUGUCCGUCCUAGCCCACACCACAAACCCAGUCCUCAACCCGGACCGAAACCCCAUCCUCCGCGCCUUCCUCAAGAAGACCUUUUACGCCCAAUUCUGCGCCGGCGAGAACCCAGCUGAGGUCCGUCAAACCAUCGACUCUCUCAAGCAAAUCGGUUUCAGCGGAGUCAUCCUCGGUUACGCCCGCGAAGUCGUCCUCACCGAUUCCGAGACCAAAGAUCUCGCCUCCUGCGCGGCCGAGGGCGGUGCCGCAGCAGAGGAGUGCAUUCGCACGGAAAUCAAUCCCUGGGCCGAAGGAACGAUGGAGACCGUCCGCCUCGCCUCUCCCGGCGAUUUCGUUGCCCUCAAGUUCACUGGUGCCGGCCGCCAGGCCCUCUACUCUCUCUCCAAACGCCUGCCGCCCUCUGAAGCCCUAGGCUCUGCCAUCGACGGAAUCUGCAAACUCGCCGCUGAGCGGGGCGUCCGCCUCCUCUUCGACGCCGAACAAACUGCUCUCCAGCCUGGCAUCGACGACUGGACGCUCGAUUACAUGCGCCGUUACAAUAAGGUUGGAAAAGCCGUAGUCCACGGUACUUACCAAGGCUACCUCAAAUCUACCCCCUCUACCCUCUCAAAGCACCUCGCCAUCGCGGCCGCGGAAGGGUUCACACUAGGUGUGAAGCUCGUUCGCGGCGCUUAUCUUGGUUCUGACCCCAGAGAGUUAAUUUGCGACACCAAAGCCGAUACCGACAAUCAGUACGAUGGGAUCGCUGAGUCAUUACUUCGCAAGAGCUGGUCCGGACUGCUUCAACCACCUACCCCACACAAGGAAGAAACAAAGUUCCCAGACGUAAACGUCGUCCUAGCUACGCACAACCGCGACUCAGUCCUCAAAGGCAAAGCCCUUCUCGACAGCGGCGUGGCCAAGCUGGGAUACAAACAAGUGGCGUUUGCGCAGCUGCAGGGGAUGGCGGAUGAAGUUAGUUGUGAGCUUGUUGCUGGGCCGCAUGAAUCACCGAAGGAGAUGGAGAUGGGGGAGGUGGCAGAGAAGAGUGAGGAGAAAGUGCACAAGCCGCAGGUGUACAAGUACCUGGUGUGGGGAUCGACGGGGGAGUGUAUGAAGUAUUUGCUGCGAAGGGCUUAUGAGAAUCGGGAUGCGGUGCAGAGGACGAGGAGCGGACGGGAGGCGAUGGGAAGGGAGGUGGGGAGGAGGGUUAGGGGGUUGUUUGGGCUUUCUUCUUAA